GGGGAAAGUCAACAUUUUAAAAAUGGUGCUUUCUGGUCUCAUCUCGUUUUUCAAAGGCAAACAGAGAACGAUCCUAAAUACAUCAAUUUCAUUGCUAACAAUCUUUGGUCAGCGAGCAUUCACGUUCCAUACCUUCAGUUGUCCUUGCAAGCCGACAUUAAAUAUAUACUACAGUCUGGCUUUUACUGCUGUUCCUGCACUCGUGUUGCUGAUCCUUGGAUAUGCCAUUAAUAAUAUGACCUGGAAAUUAAUAAUGAGCCUUAGAAAUGGCCCCGAAUUGAAGUUAAAUCAUUUCAAACUAAUUUGCUAUGUCCUCUCCAGCAUAACGGGAACAGCUAUAAUCGCUCCAGUAACUUGGAUGGCAGUUACGCUGCUAAAUGGCUUGUAUUAUCAGUGCGGCAUGAGUGAGUUUUUAUCGGUUGAUAGCUGGAACGUGUUUGAGAAUAUCACUCUUCAUGAAAGGAAGGACAUUCUCGCUCGUUUUCCCUGUCCUAUAGUGAGCAUUAAGGAGAUACAAAACAUCAGUGAAAUUAGAAACGAAGGCAAUCGUACACUUCUGUUUCAGUCCCAGGUGACUGGCUGGAUUUUAAUUGCUUCUGUGACUAUCAUUGCUUUUCUGAGUGUCUGUAUUCCAAGAUGUUGUUCUCCUCUGAGUUUCCUCCACCUAAGCUACUGGGCAGAGUACCUGGAAAAUGAAAGUGCGCUUUUUCAAAAGACGAUUAAAAAACAUUCUCAACUGUAUGCUUUGAAGCACAUCAAGAAAUUCUUGGGGCUUACUUCAGAGGAGAAAGAAGUGAAGAAAAUUCGCUUGCCUGCCAGAAAAGACUGGAAAAUGAUCUCUGGCAUUAAUAUGUUUACUAAAUUGGAGCAUGAACCCUGUCAGUACAGUCUCUUGCACUCUUGGUCAGCUGAAUCACUUGAAGAUGGUCAAUAUAUUCCAGUAGAUGAUGUGGUGCUUGAAACAUAAAAAAAUUGCCUGCAAUUUCCUUGUGAAUGCAAUCCUAGUAGUUACCAUGGAAUUGCACCCACUGCUGAUAACCCUGCUGACAUUUGUGAGGGCUUUUUUAUAUUCAUUCAUGGGAUGUGGGUGUCGCUGGCUAGGCCAGCAUUCACUGCCCACUCCUAAUUGCAUCACAUGUAGGCCAGGCCAGGUAAGGACAGCAGAUUUCCUUCCCUAAAGGACAUUAGUGAGCCAGAUGGGUUUUUACAACAAUCAACAAUGGUUUCAAGGUCAUCAUUAGGCUUUUAAUUACAGAUUUUUAUUAAAUUCAAAUGCACCAUCUCUGUGAUGGAAUUUGAACCUGGGUCCCCCGAGCAUUACCCUGGGUCUCUGGAUUACUAGUCCAGCCACAAUACCACUAUGCCAUUCCCUCCCCUUCAAAGGUCAAAGGGAGGGUUCAUGAGGAGGGUGCCUUUAACAUGUUGGGGGUGAGCCUAAAGCAUUACAAGCUUCAAACAAGAUCGUGCAAACUAAUCUUAUAGAAUCAUAGAAUGGUUGUUGCACAGAAGGAGGCCAUGCAGACCAUCAUGUCCAUGCUUGAUUUAUCCUUUCUAGCCUUGCUAUUUGGUGGGGAGUGGUGUUGGGGUGAAGUCCAGGUCCUUGCUCCCCUCCUCUCAGUCAGGGAGUUACUUGUGGUGUUAAAACAAAAAUUAAGAAGUGGUCCAAGCUCCAAUGCCUGCCUGAAUCUCCAGGGGUAUCCUUUCCACCAGGUUUCAGAGUCAUGUGUCUGCUGAGACCAGGUUUAUCUCUAGCAACUCUACACAAGUCCCAACUGAGUCCCAGGGAGAGCAGCAUCUGGCUUAGUGAGUCCCUCGCCUUUGCUCCUCCACCUACCACAGCCUCCCAGCAGAAGCUCUGCAACCACAAGGCUAUCCCAGGAAUUUGGGCAUAGAAUCGGACCUUACAUAUCUCGCUCUUGGUGGGGUUAAUUCUCAUUCAAGAAGAUUUCUGCCAAGGUUGCAGGAGGAUAUUGACUAAAACAAUUGAAGAAUUUUGACCCCUUUAAUACUAAUUUAGAAAAUUUUGCAAAUUGCCAUUUGCCAUUAUAUUUAGCAGGACUUAAUCAUGAGGAAUUGUAAAUUUAAAUGUAAACAAGAUACCAUUGUUAUAAUCUAAAAUGUUCAU